UCCGCCAAUCCAUCAAAUGUUCUCCGCUGAAAGUUAUCAAUCUUUGAUUUUAGGCAGUGCUGCUUUCAUUCCCCCUUUGCUAUAAAAGGGUUGACCCACCUGGCAGAUCUGCAGAAGCACCUCUCUUCUUCAGGGUGAACAUCACAUCUAAUCCUCACAGAUAUGGCUGGGAAAAUAGUUUUGGUCUUUGCACUGUUGGUGGCCCUGCUGGUUUCCGACUGUGCAUCCUCCCCUGAAAGCUCUGCAGCCGUGGAGACAAAGGAAAGAAACGUCCUCCAGCAGCUUCUGGCCAAGAGGGAGAAAGUGCGGGAGUCGGCUCGGGCGGAGAGACGGGCACACCUGUCUGAGGACGAGCGGGAGAUAAUGACCAAACAGAUCAUGCAAGCCAUCUCAGAGGUGAUGAAUUCUGACUGCAUGUCGGAUCGGGACUACCAGGGCUGGGUGGACUUCGGACGCAGGGAAGCAGCAGAGUGAGAGAGGCCAACCUGCUCGGCUUGCUUUUUUUUUGUUCAGACUGUACAGAAAAGUUGAAG